AUUUAACAUUACGGAUCAACUGGUUAUGGAACCUCUAUGCAAGUAGUACACCAUCAUUCUCCAUGACCAUCGUGCCACCACAGAACCGCAAGGUUAUCGCUGAGUUUGAAAACCGCGACUCGAAAUAUUGUUGUCCCAUCGUUUUCACCCUGAUCUCAAAUCAACCCAUGAUAAUCAACCCUACUAUUGCGAUCGUUGUGGUACCCUCCGCACUGUCCACCAAGCGGAAUUGAAAAUAAAAUCUCGUCGUUGAUACGGCAGGUCGACCGCUCACGAAAAUGAACGAGGGGCCUCUGUAGCAUUCUUCACUUCACGAUGGAGUAUGGAGUACUACACUACCCCUAGUAUGCAGCAGCCUGGGCAUUGAUUCCCCAAUGAGCUUGGAAUAGUAUCCUCCAUAUGCUCACGAUGGAAUUUCAACCCGAGGUCGUUUUGGUGGCCUGGGCGCAAACUAACACCUCUCCCAGCCCGUGAGAGAGGGAAAGAGAGUGUGUAUGUACCGGUCGGAUCUUGGAAAGUAUCCUUCUCCUUGAUGCGAGUGAGCAGAUCAUGGCCAUCCAAGGACCGCAAGGCUUGUUCCAGAUUUCGCACAAUGCACUCAAUGCACUCCUUGAUGAGAUGAAAUUUUUUCUGUUUUACGGCACUUGGUUAUUUCCAUUGAGAUUAAUUGGUUUAAUCUCGUUCACCCGUCACUGCAUCAUCGGCAGCUGUCUACUGCGAGAUUGGAAAUGAUGCUCGCCGGAGAAUUUCUUAUCCUUUUUUUU